AUGGGUUGUUGCUCUUCAACGCUUUCACAUAACGAAGAAGAUGAACGUAGACGGCGACGAAAUGAUAUGAACAAUAGUGGCUUUGUACAUCAGCAGCAAUUGGAUAUCGUCCAUUCAGCACAUAGUGGCCGUUUAGGAUCUGUUGAGCCACCAGAACAAGAGCAAGAAAUUGUAAAAGGGCCAGAUGUGAUCACUACUAGAGCAUCCACAUCGUCAAAACAAUCUUUAGAUAAAAGUAAUGCCAUGUCAACAGCAACCACUUCAAAUGAAAAGGAAGGUACUGCGCCGGAGACUUCAACAGUAACACAAAAUCAUGAAAUCGUUCAUUUCAACAUGAACAGUAAUCUAUCUCGGCAAGCAUCAGAAGAAAAGCCUCUUACUUUAUCACAAACACAGCAGCAGCAGCAGCAGCAGUCGCCAUCCAUGAUACCAGCACUCACCAUUACUAAUACUACUACUAAUACUACUAUGAAUUAUAAUAAUAAUAACACUCCUAUGGAUAAUACUCCACUUACCGCCAUGACCACGACCAUGGCGAAUACCUCCCCCGACCAUCAUGACGCCUUUUCUUGCGCUAUAUUUGUACGACUUUCAAGCAAUGGUCAAGACAUUAAAAUCAACGUGCCAACACAACCUCCUUAUUUAACCAUAGCCGGUAUUCGGAAAGAAUUAUCACCGCAUUUGGAUAAACUAAAUUCUGCUAGCAGUCCACAAAAAUCGCGUGGUGCUUCUACUAUUUCGAAAUUUAUUUAUUUAGGCAGACUUUUAUCUGAUCAAUAUAUGAUCAUACCUAUGGGCAAUAACAGUACGACUGGUAAAAUGACAUCAAAUAACAAUGAGGAUGUGAUGAUACCAUCCUUACCGCCAGCUUCACCUCCACCUCCUUCCUCAGUAACAAAAAACAUUCUGCACCAUCAUCCUUUUCAUCAUCACAACCAACAGCAGCAAAAAGUUUAUAUACAAAAACAAGGUGUCAUUCAAGCUAUGGUCACCACCAAAUCAAAAGCAUGA